UUCCAAAUACAUAUACAACUUUCACAGUGGAUGUUUUUAAGACCACCGAAAUCUGACUCCAUUGUGCAAGUUAUUCCCGAAAAUGUUGGUAAUUACCCAGCCGGUAAAAAAAAAGUCCCACUCACCUCUUUAUGUACCCCGAAAACUAAUUACCGUGUUCACAAAAGCCCACCGCUGGAUCCUUUGUUGACUGAUGUAGUUCAUUCCAUUUUGUACUUUCACACCCCAUUUCUCCAAAAUAAAUUUCGAUAUUAUUAUCGCAUUCUAAGCAUAGGUUUCCCACUGUAUCUCCAACAUCAGUACACGAAAUGGAUAUGGCAAGAAAAGUACUUUGGAAUUAAGUAGACAGCGUCUACGACCAUUUUCGGCCCAGAUAUAUGGGAGAUUCGUAUUUUAAUUGGAACUACGAAGUGACGCCAUUAGUAUUUGGGCUAGUGCGCAUGUGCAAAUUGUGUGGCGUAAGUUAAUGCUGACAUUGACUUACAGCAAUUUGUAACGUUUCAGGCAAGUAAGCAGAUGUCGUAAAUGUGAGUUUUUAUCAUAAUAUUGGUUGAAAAUAUGGAGAUCUCAGAAUUCUGAAAACAAUGGCGAAGUGGGGUACAGAUCAGACAAUAAAAUUUUUGAAAGAAUAUUCCACAUACAAUUGCCUGUGGGAUUAUAAUGAUGAACAAUACAAGAAUAAAAAUUCAAGAAAUGAUGCAUUACGAGCACUGGCUGCAUUCAUGAACCUUGAAAAUUUUGAUGCCAAUGCAGCCAAAAAUAAAAUACAUUCUAUAAGAAACACAUACAUGAAUGAGAUGACCAAAAUAGCACGUAGUAAGAAGUAUGGUAAAGUUUACAAACCACAAUUGCCAUGGUUCAAUCUUGCAGACAAUUUUCUUCGUAAAAUAGUUAAAAAGAGGGAAACUCAAUCAAAGCUGGUGUUAAUUGAUCAAACAACCAACAAUUCUGCUGGAACAUUUUGUGACUCAAUUUCAGAAAAAGGAACUCCAUCCUUUGUUUUUCCUCCGCUGGACAAAAUUAUGUUUGCAAAGUCACAAAAGCCAGAGUCAUCAAUUUCAGCAUCAAAUGUGGAAAAAGAUGCACAUCCAUUUUCAUCUCAAAGUUCCAAACCUUGGCAACUUGCUUCUAUAUAUCCAUCCUUAUUCUCAGAUCACUAUCCCCCUGAAUGUACUAAUGAAAGUGCUUCAGAGGUAAGAAAAAAGACACUUGGUCAUCUGUUAUAUUUAGAAAAUGCUCUUGCAUCUCUCAGAGAUAUUCCCAGCUCCAAACAUAGAGAAGAUGAAUUUGAUGCAUUUGCUCGAAGUAUAGCUAUGCAGAUGCGAAGCCUACCUGUAGAAGAGGGAUUAGAACUUCAAGGGGAAAUUCAGAACCUUGUAGUGCAGAAGAGACUAGUAUCAAUUCGUAAGAGGCAUACAGUGGAUAACGUAAAAGCUCCAUCAGUACCAGUAUCACAUUCUCCAUAAGGUUCAAGCAAAGAUUAUUUAAAUUGUAGUGGAGUGAGUGAAUGACAUGUGACAAGUGAUGCUGAAUAAAAGAUUAAGUAUUACAAUAUUAAUAUAGUUACUGUAGUGUUAAUGCUUUAGUAUAUUAGGGUCUAAAAUCAUGUAACAGCAGUAAUAUGUAAGACUUGUAAAUUUCUGUUAUUAUGAUGAUUAUGAUUAUAAAAGAGUUCCAAAAAAGUGUAACAGAAGUUAGUAGAAGAUUCUCCUUAAUUACAGGAAAAUUCCGCAUUGAUUAAUUAGACACAAAAUCUGGUGAAAAUAAUUAAAUAACUGAAUAAUUCUUUCUUGCUCCACUUUAAAGACUGAUGCUAACAGAACAGUUAUUUAAAAUGUCUCAUAUAUUAUAUUACAGUAAAUUUGGAUCUUCAUGUGUUCACUGCAUUACAUGCAGGAAACACAUCAGUCAUAGACGACAAAUUAAUCUGAUAAUUAUUAUCUCUCCAAGAAGUGUUGCCAUCGAAGUGUAAUUAAGUUAAGAUGAAUAAAAAUACAUAUAUUGAUCUAAUUUUA